AUGCACUACUGUCACGUAUGUCAUCGAUUUUACAAUCCGCACGAAGUGAAUGAUGCUGCCACAAGUUGUGCGGUCUGCCACUCGCCCCUCAUUGAGGUUGUGCAGAACGAACGGCACUACCGUGAACUUCAGGCCAUUGCGCGAGCGCAGCAGGAGCAACGGCCGGAGCAGCGGCCGGAGCAGCAGCAGCCGGAGCAGGAGCAGGAGCAGGAGCAGGAGCAGGAGCAGACGUUUGGAAGCUUCAUGGAAUUCUUCCCUUGGUUGUCGCGCAUGUUGGCUGACAGUCCCCACGACCAGAUUGUGAUUAGUUUUACUGUAGGUGGGGCGCCAGAGAUGCGUCUCCGCCCGCGCUACUCUGUUGACGAGCUGAUGAAUUCGUUUGUUACACUCCCGAAUGGACUGCAGGAGGGGGACCGUCGGGAAUACCCAGAGGCCUUUCUCACCUCCUCCUGCGCCAUCUGCCUGGAGAGCGUUGUUGAGACAAGUAGCCCCGUUGUGGCGCUGCCGUGCCGGCACUGCUUCCACAAGGACUGUAUUAAGCGGUGGCUGUCUGAGCACUUGGAGUGCCCGCUGUGCCGCGCCAACGUCGUUCCCUCCCAGGGCGCAGACGCCUCCCCGCAGCCAAGUGAGCAGCCCCCACACUAA